UGAAGAUCAUAACAAUGUAGGUGAGAUUUCGUAUCUGAGACUUAAAAGAGUAGCUGUGUGAUACUUGGACUUAAGACCACCGAGUACUGCGUGCUUACAAAAUUGAGUGUUGCUUUGGGAUUGCAUCAGCCUGUUACAUUGUACCUUCGACGAUAAGAAAAGUUUACCAUCAAAACUUGUGUAAUACGACGACGAGCAUAUAAAUAUUACUCCUCCUCUCUAUUCGUAUAGUAUUUGCUAGUAGUACAUGUCUGCACUUGUCUUAACAAGGUAAAAUGAACCACACCAACGCCGGGAAAUGUAAGAAUGGGAGAACAUUUCUCUUUACAUCGGAAUCGGUGGGGGAAGGGCAUUCAGAUAAAAUGUGUGAUCAGAUCAGUGAUGCUGUUUUGGAUGCAUACUUAGCUUUGGACCCAGACUCCAGAGUUGCCUGUGAAUGCGUGGCAAAGACCGGCAUGGUCUUACUGUGCGGGGAGGUCACGUCAAAGGCGACUGUGGAUCUUCAGAAAGUAGUCCGAGACACCAUCAAGAAGAUCGGCUAUGAUGACUCUUCUAAAGGUUUCGAUUACAAAACCUGCAAUGUGCUGGUGGCUCUAGAGCCGCAAUGCAGUGAAAUCAGUGACUGUGUUUUUGAAGGAAAGGAUGACGAUGAUAUUGGAGCUGGAGAUCAGGGUAUCAUGUUUGGAUAUGCGACUGAUGAAACAGAGGAAUGCAUGCCCUUAACAAUUCUCUUGGCUCACAAACUGAACGCAAAGUUAAAGGAGUUCUCCCGAAAUGGAGUGUGCCCGUGGAUACGACCAGACUCAAAAUCACAGGUCACUGUGGAAUACCGAAACAACGACGGUGCCAUGGAGCCAUUGCGAGUUCACACGGUGGUCAUAUCGGUUCAGCAUGACCCGGAUGUGACACUGCAAGAGAUCAGAAAGGACCUGAAGGAGAAAGUGAUCAAAACUGUCAUCCCUGAAAAAUACCUUGACGAUAGGACUGUGUACCACCUGCUGCCAAGUGGAAAAUUUAUUGUGGGUGGUCCCCAGGGAGAUGCAGGACUCACAGGCCGGAAGAUCAUUGUAGACACGUAUGGGGGGUGGGGUGGUCAUGGUGGAGGGGCCUUUUCUGGAAAGGACUUUUCGAAGGUAGACCGCUCAGGGGCCUACGCAGCUCGGUGGGUGGCCAAGUCCCUGGUGAAGGCUGGUCUCUGCAAAAGAGUGCUUGUCCAGCUGUCUUAUGCAAUUGGCGUGAGCCACCCGCUCUCUAUCUCAGUCUUUCACUAUGGCACCUCAAGUAAGGAUGAAGACGAGCUCUUGGAAAUUAUACAGAAAAACUUUGAUCUGCGGCCUGGAGUAAUUGUAAGGGACCUCAGUCUGAAAAGGCCCAUUUACCAAAAGACUGCAUGCUAUGGGCACUUUGGCAGAGAAGAAUUUCCUUGGGAAAAACCAAAAGUGUUGGUGUUCAACAAGAACUAAAAAAAAUAUAAUAAUCUAAUUGAUUUAAUCCUUCUGGAGGGAAAAAAUGUAAUCCUACAAAAUCCAAAAAGGAUAGUGUCUGUGACAAGUGUGUUUUCUGCGUAUGAGUUGUAAAGUCUGCAAUCUAUAAUUUGCACACCACUGGCCAUAGAAACCUGUUGUACAUUCUGUUGGUAUGUUUUGUAUUUUUCUUGAUUCUUCCCACAAGCAGAGCAUUCAUCUGGUGACUGAAAGGAGAAGAGCAGAACAAUGGCUGCUGCUGCACAGCCAGUGUAGGUCACCUGACAUUGCUGGCUGUGAACAAGCUUUAUUGACCAGUAUAGAAGUGUAAAACAUAGUGUAUAUGAAAAAAACAACAAAUCAUCACUUUAAUAAAAACAUGGGCCUUAUAAAAUUGAAUUAAAACCAAAUUAAAAGAAAGUAGGCCUAUUUUAAUUACAACUAGGAUAUUGUGUACAAAACACCUGGAGUUUUAUAAAGUGUAUCUUGGAGGCUAAGUCUGUUCAUGGUUAUUAUUUUUCACUGUGAUCCCCGGAGCCAGCAUCACAGCCAUUGUGUGUGCUGAUGCGCUGGGGAGGCAAAAUGAGCUGAUCCCUGGA